GAGAAGGAAGCCCAGUGGGGCUCAAUCCCAGGAUCCUGGGGUCAUGACCUGAGCUGAAGGCAGAUGCUUAACAGACUGAGCUACCCAAGCGCCCCUAUAUGUCAGUUUUUAAUGGCAAUACUGUAAUGUUUUAAUUACUGUAGCUUUACAAUGUAUUUUUAAAUCAGGAAGUGUGAUACUUCUAGCUUUGUUCUUUCUCAAGGUAGAUUUGGCUGUUUAGGGCCUCAAUAUAUCUUCACAACAGUUCUUUGAGUUAAGUACUUUUGUCCCCACUCUGCAGAUGGGGAAACUGGAGCUUGGAGUGCAUUUGAGGACUAUCUAACCCCAAAGUCAGUGCUCUUUACCAUUACAUUCCAGAGCUCUUAGCAUAUGGAGAGUCAUGAAUUUAACAGAAAACUGUGAAGUAGGACACAUAUGUAAAAUUAGGAUUUUCGCUAACUUUGGACCAAAUACUUGCCAGGAAGAAUGUAAGUUUCAUCUCUCGAACAUCUUCAAAUAAAGAAGUGGUUAUAAACGAUCACCAGAGUAACGGAGAUAUGAAUCCAAUCCAGAAUUUCACAACAAUACCAAUCACACAGACUCUCAACUACACUCUGAGCAGACAAGGACAUUUAGAAAAAGAACCUUGGAAUGCAUUCAGCCAUCAUAGCCCAGUUAAUGUCUCCAUGGAUGGAAUUCCCUGCAUUCUUUUCUGGGCCAAAGGAAUAACAAUAAAAUUUAAGAAUCAGACCUGGCUGGACCUUACCGAUGAAGCUUUUGGCCAGAAGGCGACAGUGGACAUUAACAACUCAAAUUGCAGUGAAGAAAGUGCCACUUUGUCUCUGAAGUUUGGUGAUGCUGAAAUCCCCAAAGGUCUUGUCAUAAGAUUCACCCUUACCAGUUACAACAAGUUGUACUUCCAGAGCUGGUUUAGUCUGCAGCGAGUCGAGAUUAUUUUCAAUAAUUCAAUCCAGGCAACUUUUAACGCAACCGGCAUAUAUGCUCCGGCAAGUUACUCCUACCACUGCCAGCGUGUCAGCAGCCUGCAGCGGUAUGACGCCCUCUUGUUGCCUAGCUACACGGAUGAUAUGUCAAGCCUGUGGGAGGUCACUUUUGUUGAUUUCCAGAUCCAAGGCUUCGCCAUCAAGGGGAGGCAGUUUGCCAAGCCCCAAGACUGUGCCUCCUCCUUCUCACCAGCCAUUCUGAUCGGCCUGGCCAUGUGCCUGCUCCUGCUCCUGGUGCUGGCCUAUGCUCUGCACAUGCUCACCUACCUGCGCCAUCUGGACCGGCACUAUGAUUUCAUCACCUCUCCGGCCCACUUCCCCCAGUUGAAAGCUCGAGGUGCAGCAGAGGAGAAGGAGCUGCUGAGGAGCCAGGGAGUCGAGUGCUAUGAAUUGAGAAGCCAACAGAUCUGCAAAGUUUAUGUGGAAUAGCACAGGCCUCUCUUCCUCAUGGAGUCCACAGUGGGCUCUGAAAGGAGUUAUUUCUGUCUGUCCUCUUUGUCUCGUGAUAAAAAGUGUUCACCUCAUGGCUUGAUUAAAAAAAUACACGCAGAAAAUACAUUUUGGCGCAUCUACUGGCCUAUUUAGAUAGACUUGAGACAAUGAAAAAGUUGUCCCAGGAACCCCAUGGAAAUGAAUAUGAUCAUUGCCCCAAAACUACUUUGAAAGCAAAGGGAUAUUUCAAGUUAGGAAGACAGAAAAAACCAAUUAUGCCGUUUAGAAAGGGGGAAAACAUAUUUGACCCUCUUUGCUUGUGCCAGUUCAGAUGUGAUAAUAUAGAACUAAUAAAUCCAAUGUUAUCUGGAAGUUCAGAAUUUAAAGUAUUUUGAAAGUUUGCAUUUUUAGAAAUUAUAUACCAAUUUUUGUUUUAAAAAUUAGUCUUCUCUUGCCCAGAGCUGUUUAGGGAGGACUCUUGUCAAUAUGGUAGAACACUCUAUUCAAGGGCUUUCUUGUCAUUUACUUUGCUGUUCAGAGGCACCCCAGAUUGCUGUUCAAUUUGUGAAAGAGGGGUGGCAGUCUUGUUUCUUACCUUUUCCAUCUGGCUGUGGUGCCUAGGCUUGUCUCAUUUGUCUGAUGUAGACCUCCAUUAACUCUCCUAGGCAUCACUUGAAAUAAGCAACUGAGCUAAGAACAGUGUGCUUGCUAUGCAAACACAGCUUCACGGCAAAUCUCCUAAACCCCCUUCCAGUGAGAUCGUGUCCCUUAAGCUCUUCUUUAAUAGAAAUUCUGCAGCCACCACCUCUAUAGAGGCUGUAGAUUUCUCCAUAGUCUUUUCCAGUUCUUGACAGAUCCUAAAGAUUGGCUUCCCCUGAAUUUUCACCAAAGCUUCUGUAAUAUGCCUUGUGUGUUAAAGAGAUCUUAUGUGUAAAAAGUACAUUGUAUUUCCCUAACUAGGGUUCCACACAUGAACUAGGCUUCCUAGUUCAUGACCUGCACAAACCUUAGAAAGCAGAUGGGAAUGAUGUGGGUAGAGGAUCACGCACAGAGAAAUGGAAUCUUCUGGGCAGCUGUAGUAAUGACUUUGCAGUCUAGUACCAUCUUUGAUGCCAAGUGUGAAUGACAAUGAUUGGGGUUCCUGAUAAAACAGUCUUACGUUGGACAUUUUUUCUGGCUGCAUUAUUCUUGGCUGUGAAUAUAGGUUUGGUUCCAGACCUCUCAGAAUUCUGUAAGCUCCUGAUACUCUAUAGUGAAUUCGUUGUUGUUGUUGUUGUUGUUGUUGUUGUUGUUGUUGUUGUUUUAAUACCUGGAGUAGAUUCUGUAUUCUGUAACUAAGAAUCUUGAUUCAUGUACUUAUUUGUACUAAAGAUGGUUAUAGGGAACACACCCUGAAGAAUAUAGGAAUCUAGGAUUGAUUUUUUUGACUCUGUUUAGCCUAAAACCAAGAAGGACUCUGUUAGCAUUGGAAAGUGGGAAAUAGAUAGCCCACAUCAUUCCAUAAUGAAAUUUUCAUUGUGGUGGUUUUGAGUAUCCAUUGGUGGUAUAAAUUGUUGUUGUUGUAGGCUAUAGGUACUUGAAGGGUAAACGUAACUUAUGGUCCAACUGGGACAGUUUGAAAGUGAAAAUGUCAUUAAUAAUUUCAAGAUAACAGACAUAAGCAGAAUUGUGCCCAACCGGGAUAUAUAGUCAUCCUAGAUAUGGUGACUAUACCAUACAGGUAUGGUGACUGCAUUAUAGGGUGAUACCCUGUAAGGUAAGCUUGCUUUGUCUAACUGUGUUGGAGGGCUUACAGAAAGAAAAUAAUAGCUUAAGAUUUAAAAUUCACAGCUCAAGUCAUGGUAAAAAAAAAAAAAUCAGGGAGUUUCUAUGACUGAUCUACAAGGAUCUCAUACCUGUUAUCAAGGGGCUGACAUAGUUGCAAAUCAGACACACAGGUCUGAUCCUGUAAAUUGGUAAAAUGCAUUUUAGGUAGAAUUCAGAGCCUUGCCAGAUCUCUUAAUGAAUAUGAGAACACUGUUUACAAAAUAGAAGAAACUUGAAAUAAGAAUGGUAACUUUGGGGAUAGUUUAGACAACUUUAAGGAUAUUGAACCCAUAAACUCCACUAAUAUUUUCUUGCUAGCAGAAGCAACCCUGUAAGAUGAAGCUAUUUUGACUUCACCAAAGAUAGUUAUCUUGCCAGGGGGUGCCAGUUUUCCUCAAUGUCUCUAGACAACUGGAAUCACACUAGCAUACCCCAGAGAACCAAUUGCAAAGUCAAAUAUGGGAGAAUAAAAAUUGGAAGGUUUUGCUAAUUUAUGCAACAAAAGACAGAGGGAUAUGAAGGGGAAUGGAUUCUGGAGGUGCUAGCUCAGAGAGGGAAGUGUAUAAUUUUAUAUUGGGCUGAAUUUUUUUAAAUAGGUUCUCUUACCAGGUUUUGGGUUAAAUAUUCCGGUUUGAGCAGCUGGCAGUAUUUCUAACCAUUUACUCAGUUGAUUAAGAUAUGGCCUCAACAGUGACAUGCACUAAAUGAAAUAGACCAGAAAUUCAUUUGUAUGAUACAGAGGAAGAAAAUAAAUUUAACAACUUAGAGAAUUGGGAUAUGGGAAUGGAUUUAUCAUGCAUGUCCUACUCUCUGUCCCCAAAACUAUUUUCCUAGAAGACCUAGAGGACACUUACAUUGUCAUAGCACUGAACUGAAAAACACUGAGAACAUAACAUCAGCAUUUUUGGAAAAGUGCUCUAGUGGCUGUCCUCUUUAGGCUGUAGAUGAAAGCAGGAGAUGCUAUCCUUGAUUCCUUAAUCUCAGUGGGAAUGCCGGGAUCCUGGAGUGGCAGAGGUCAUACAGCAGCAUAAAAAUGUUAGGGGGCUGUAGGGCAGGAAUGUUAACCAGAUUAGGUCAUGUUUGUUAAUGGUAAAGUGAUCUGUGACAGAUGUAGUGGGGCAGUCCACUAAAGAACUCGUGUUCAUCUGAAUAAUCAUAAUGUUAAUAAAAUCUAGUCCUCAUAUAAAAAGGCUUUAUUUGAACUAUCGUGGUGGAGUCCUAGAGCUGAGUCUGUUGAUAACAAGAGAGCUCUUGACUGAAGAAAAGACCUCCUAAAAAAAGCGUCUUUGGUCUUCAUAUUUAAUGUUGAGCAUUAUCACGAAUGAUUUUAUAUUUGUCCAUUAGGUAGCUUUCUUUUUUUGUAUUACUUCUGGUAUGUUCUGAUCUUCAGGUAAAGAACUUACACUAUUCCCAUGGAUACCUUGAUUAUUAACCCGACAGGUAUGUGAUUAUAGUCCUAUAAUUGUUAAUGUUUCAGGAGCAUACCCUAAGAGAUGUCUGUCUUCCUGGGAGGUCUGAAACAACAUGGCAAUGAAAAUGAUGUUUGAUAUGAGUAGGAGUUGACUGGGCAGGUAAUAUGGAGAAGGACAGAUAUGGCAGAAGGAAACACAUAUGCAAAGACUGGACUUUACCGUGUGAGAAUUGUGAAUACAUGUCUAUGGGCAGUCACAUAUAAUGUAUUUAAAGGAGUGAAAGAUUAACCUGGAAAUAAUUGAGGGAACAGGUCAUUGUGCUGAACUAAAGGCUUUGAACCUUGACCUGAGGUAAUGGAAAUGUUCCUGAGGAGAUUUUGGAGGAUUUUAAGCAAGGAGAUUACAUGGCCGAUAAGUAUGAGUAGAAUAGGGACAGAUACUCCAUUUAGAAGAUUAUUGGAAUAGUUUAGAUGAAAAAUAAUAGGACAUAAUCUUAGUGGGGUGAGAGGAAAGAACAAGAAGAGGUAUUUAGGAGGUUGGUUCAGUAAGUUUUGGGAACCAACUGGCAAGUCACAGAAAUCUGUUGGGUAUCUUCUUUGGGGUGCUGGGUGGAUGGUGAUACCAGUUUCUGCAAUCAGAGAAAUAGGAGAGGAUAGGAGUUUGAGAUGUGAGAUGUCUGUAGGCAGAUCCUAUAAUAGAGGUCCAGGUAGACAGUUUGGUUUAUGAAUCUGGGGUAGAAUAAAGAGAUCUGGACUAGAAAUUUGGAAAUGUAGCAGAUGCUGUCAGUAUCCUACCCAUAUUUCUUUGCCCCUUACUGCAUCCUGACCCAUCUCUCAUUGCCAGUUACUGCCCUCUAAGGCUGCUCUCCGUGUGUUCAUGGCAAGCUGGAAGUGCUGAAGAUUUAAUGCCUCCCAGGAGCAGACUUCAUGCAGUGACUCUCAGGAGUUGUGAAUAAAUACCCCAGCUCAUUUUUCCCUUGACUGGAAUAUUUCUAGAAUGUGUUGUAUCCCAUUUCCUGGAGCUCCCCAGCAGGACUUAGCUCUUUUGCCUAUUGCGGUAUCUUGCUUGAUAAUGUUCACUUUAUUAACUCCCUUCUCUUCCUUGUCUUCCUUGCUACCCGAAUGUUUCCUAAUGAUGUUAUCAUUACCUCCAAAAUAAACUACUUGUGUUUAAAUCCUUGUCUCAGGAUCUGCUUCUCAGGAAAUCCAAACUAAGACAAGCAGUAAUGGGCGUAGAGGGAAAGUUGACUAGUUGACUGCAUUUGAAAAAUUGCUUAUUUUUACAGCUUUUAC